GUUAAGUAAAGAGAUCGUAACAGAGCCAUCCUUCCCCUUUUUCCUCUCAUCGCCGCCCCUCUCGUUCGUCGACAAGCUCGCCGCAUUUGCUCCGCCGCUCCGCUCUCUCUCCCCACUCCCCUCCCACAGCUCUGCCACUCCUGCUUCCUUCUCUCGCGCCGUUCUCUCCCUCGGCCGGAUAAAUCUCUUGUUCGGCAGAUUGGACGGCACGGUGCCACCCCCCAAAUCCGCUCUGUUUCCAGGGGUUUGUGGAGGUUGUGGAAGAAGCACGGAUGGAGCCCUCGGGGCUCAACCCGCCGGCGAAUCCUGCCAUGAACCAAGAGAAUUGGACCCCGGGCAUGUGGGUGGAGAGUGGCGCUCCAAGCCUUCCCGGAAACCUGCCCCUUUUCCCGCAGGGCGACGGGGCGCCCGCCAUGGGCUGGCCAAAUCUUGCUGCUUCAGCCGUAGCACCCGGGAUCAGCCAUACCACGGCGAUGUUGAAUGCUAUGCGCGGGGGUUCCACUCCGACGAGCGGCCCUGCGGCACAAGAUGCUGGGUCCUCCGUCCGGCCACCCAAUAACCUGCCUGCAGGGUGCACGCAGGUGCCGAUAAGUAUCUUGGUGUUUCAUAGGAGGACAUCCAGGCCCCUGCCGCCGGCACCUCAUACCUCCACUCCAGUUCCUGCCCUGCCCGGUGUCGCACAUGAUUCUGAAGAUGAUGCUUCUAUUCAGUUUGCUCGAAGAGAUUUCUUGUCACUUGGAAGGGAGUCAGAUGUUGCUGCCAUAGAUCCUUCAACAUUAGCAGUUCCAGUUAAUUGCAGUUCUGAACAUCCACCAAUACAUCUUCAGGCAAAUGGUUUAGAUGCAGAAGCACCCAGAAAUGGAAUUCAGCCAGAUGAUAGACAACAAUCAUCAUCAUCAUCAGCAGGUGUAAUUGAUCAGAACAUGCAAACGGGUCAGCAGACACGAGAAAAGCUCAAGACACAAAGUCAACUGAAUGAUCACACAGUUUUGUCAGCAGCAGCUGCAUUCAAGGAAAGCACAGUAACACAGAUAGAGGUUCAGAUUUCAAGUCCUGAAAAAUUUGGGACAUUCCAAAAUGAGGAGGCCCCUGCAAGAAAAGUGAAGCCUCGGAGGAAGAAACACAGGGCGAAGGUAAUACGUGAAGACAAGAAAAUCAAGAAGCAAAAGCCUGCUGUUACAACUCCAGAAGGAAAAUCUAAUCAGAAAGCCAAAAGAAGUUAUGUCCGGAAGAAAAGAAAUCUCAGCUCUAUGGAAAAUUGCUCGGGACCUGUUAGCAACCAAUCAGGGGAAGCAGAAAAUGCUGCUGGAAGCAGAGCUGCAUCAGUCCGAAGAAGGUUGGAGCUCGAAUUUGGUGAACAUGGAGUGUUGGGAGACCGAUCAUCAGCUGCCAACCCAAGUCACCACAUUGAGGAGAAACACAUUCAUGCUAAAAGUUCUUUCUGUUCAACUGCCACUGUAUCAACCGUGCAGGGUGCACAUGGACUGCAUGUGGACAUAGAAAAUUCACCAGGAGGGUUAGCUUUUGGCAUGAGUCGCAAGAUGAACAAACUAUUAGAUGAGUACAUACAUUUGCCAGAGAUGGCAACAAACUGUACACAAGAAGUUCUACCUGUUGCUUCUGGAUGUUUUAGCAGGGAGCCAAGAAGAAAACAAGACAGUGUAGGAAGCACUCAUGGUCUUGAUGCCACAAGGAUUGGGGUUACCAUAACGGAAGGUAACAACAAGGAGUCUAACAGAGCUGGUUUUGCUAUGCAUCACUCAGCUACGUCUGUACCUGAAACAGCAUCCGCAGAAAGUCAGAUGACUAAGGUGUCGAGACUGCAGAAAAGGAAACAUCAACAGUGUAGAGAGAGCGAGUCCUCCCUAGCCGGCUCACGGCAGUCGAUCAUCUUAAGUACUGCUGCUCAGAUGCUAGCAUUUUGUCAAGCUGGUGGGAUAAAAAAGAAGCGAACGGUCCGAGUCCGCAGGACUUCGUAUAUUCCUAUAAUGAAUUUUGAGAUGAAUAGUGCACAAGUAUUGCCACGAUUAUCUCAGUCAUGCCUGGAGGCCCUGAAUGGAAGUCCUGGUUUUAAAUUUUAUACCAAGAAACGUUCACGAAGGGUACGCCGUCAUUACUGCAGAUCAGAGGGAACUUUUCAGUCCCCAAAUAAUGGUAAAAUCUACCAGGAUAUUUAUUGUGAGGCAACAGAAAAAGGCUCACAAAACUCACAAUACACAUCAACUCCAUAUAUGGAUUUCCUUCGAAGAGUUGCAUCAGGGCUGAAAUAUCUUGAUUUGAACACCGAGCCUGUGCAUAUAAAUGAGAUGUAUCCAUCUCUGACCACAUCUGCUAUUGUCCCUUUUGGACAAGCAGGUAGUCUAUCAAAUUCUCUUGUACCAUUUGGUAGUCAGAUGAUCUUUGCAUAUGAGAGGCCAUUGGAUUUAGUCAAGAAGCAACGCCCUCGAGCUAAAGUUGACUUGGAUUUUGAGACAACAAGAGUUUGGAACCUCUUGAUGGGGAAAGCAACUGAUGAGCCUGUAGAUGUGAAUGAUGUUGAGAAAGAGAGAUGGUGGCAACGAGAAAGAGAAGUUUUUCAAGGCCGUGCUAAUUCAUUUGUAGCACGCAUGCGACUAGUUCAAGGCGACAGGCACUUCUCUCCAUGGAAAGGAUCAGUAGUUGACUCCGUAGUAGGGGUUUUCCUCACUCAGAAUGUAUCUGACCAUCUUUCAAGCUCUGCCUAUAUGGCCCUUGUUGCAAGUUUUCCUCCAGGGCCAGUUAAUAGCAAUUGUAAGGAUGAUAUUAUCAGUCAAGACUAUGAAGAAAUAAUUAGCACGAGUGUAGUAGGUGGGAUAAACAUGUCUGACUGUUUUGACAAUGGUGCAAGACCAGAUUUACGAGAGAACUUUGAGGAGCUGUCAACAACCAAUGAGAAGAUACCUGUAGAAACAAAGGAUUGUGCUAGUGCUUAUGAGUUGAUUAAAGGUGAAAAUUAUUCCUUCUUCUCCAAAGAACCAAAUGAAGAUUUUUGCAAGCACCAAGAGACAGAACCAAAUGAAGAUUUUUGCAACCCCAAAGCACAGCAAUUUCCAGAUUUCUCCAUAGAAUUAAUAACAUCAGAAAGAAGCUCACGAGCGAUACAGUUCCAGAAGGACAUGUCAUCUUCUCAAAGUGUUAUAAUUUCGGAAGUUCUUCAAUCCCGAUUAUUUUCGAGUUCUGGUAAAAAAUAUUCACCUAAAAAUUCUGUUGGCAGCAUCGAUGGUGCAGCUUCUCAGCAGCUGGGAAGCAACUUCGAUGGUGAAAAUUCAUUGGCAGGAAAUGAUGCCUCAACCAAGGAACUUGAAUGCCAAAGAAUCAAAACAACAGCAGUAAAUGAUGAUGGUGCAAGUCAGCAUGGAAUUCCCUCUACUUCCAUGAUGAAUUAUCCAUUUAUCUCAGUUGAUCAUCAACAACUAGGUGUGACAAAUGAAUCAUAUGUUUUGCCUACAUCUCCUAAUAGUUCCUCAGGUUCUGCACCAUCGCACUUAAAAAAUGGCAAAAAUGAGAAGAAACUUCCUCUUUCUGGGCCAUUUGAUAAUCAUACAGCACAAACAAAUUAUAGUGAGACUGUUAUCUCAACAGUAAAUGCUCCAAAAACAAGCACAGAUCUUCCAGUUAAUCGGACUAGUUUUGAAGCACCAGAUUUCCACGAGCAUGAAUCACUCUCUGUUACUGGUGGAACGAUAGCAGAAACAGCAAACAGGGUGGAUGAAUCUACUGUCAAAUCUGGUUUUCCUUCAUAUAAUGAAGGACCAGAUAAAGCAGAAGAAGCAGCAAGACCAAAGAAAACAAGAACCACAAGAACAAAAAAUGCUGAAAACUUCGACUGGGAUAAAUUUCGAAGACAAGCUUGUGCUGAUGGCCACAUGAAAGAAAGAAAGUCUGAAAGAAGAGACUCUGUUGAUUGGGAAGCAGUACGGUGUGCAGAUGUACACAGAAUUUCUCAGGCCAUACGGGAACGAGGAAUGAAUAAUGUUUUGGCAGACCGAAUCCAGAAAUUCCUGAAUCGCUUGGUCAGAGAUCAUGGAAGCAUUGAUCUUGAAUGGUUACGAGAUAUCCCCCCUGAGUCAGCAAAGGAUUACUUACUUAGCAUACGUGGACUGGGGCUCAAAAGUGUUGAAUGUGUUCGUCUACUUACGUUACAUCAUCUCGCCUUCCCUGUUGACACCAAUGUUGGCCGCAUAUGUGUAAGACUGGGAUGGGUACCUAUUCAACCCCUUCCUGAAUCUCUGCAGUUACAUCUCCUCGAGCUAUAUCCUGUCUUGGCGACUAUACAAAAGUACCUUUGGCCUCGUCUGUGUAAACUUGAUCAGAAAACACUGUACGAGCUACAUUACCAUAUGAUUACUUUUGGGAAGGUGUUCUGUACCAAAAGCAAGCCAAAUUGCAAUGCUUGUCCAAUGAGAAGUGAAUGUAGGCAUUUCGCAAGUGCCUUCGCAAGUGCACGGCUUGCACUUCCUGCACCUCAGGAGAAAAGCUUGGUGAGGUCGAGCAAUCAGUUCACUUCCCAGAGUGGUGGCAUGCCCACUCCGAACUUAACUGUGCUUCCUCAGCUUGAGGAAAGUAACCAGGGAAAGGAUUUUCGCACUAACAACUCAGAGCCAAUUAUUGAGGAGCCAGCAAGUCCAGCACAGGAAGAAUGUCCAGAAACUUCGGAAGAUGAUAUUGAAGAUUAUGAUCCAGAUACUGGUGAAAUCCCACUAAUCAAGCUUAACUUCGAAGCUUUUGCUCAGAACUUGGAAAAUUGCAUUAAAGAAAGCAAUAUGGAUCUCCAGUCUGAUGAUAUCGCGAAAGCACUUGUUGCUAUUAGCACUGAAACACCUUCAAUUCCUGUCCCUAAACUAAAGAACGUGCGCAGGCUUCGGACGGAACACUAUGUUUACGAAAUUCCAGAUUCACAUUCCCUUGUGCAACAGCUAGGACUUGAUCAACGGGUAACUGGCGACCCAAGCCCUUACCUAUUGACCAUUUGGAUGCAAGAUGACAUAAAUGCAAUGAUCAAGGCCCCCAAACCAUGUUCUGACUUUCCAAUGGAAGGUGGAUUUUGUGAUAAUGAGAAGUGUCAGUAUUGUGUGCUUGAGCGGGAAAACCAAUCUAGAUAUGUCAGAGCCACCAUUCUGAUUCCGUGUCGAACAGCUAUGAAGGGUAGUUUCCCACUGAACGGCACUUAUUUUCAAGUUAAUGAGGUAUUUGCAGACCACAAAUCUAGCCAUGACCCCAUAUACGUUGUAAGGGAGCAGUUAUGGAUGUUGGAAAGACGUAUGGUCUACUUUGGAACUUCGGUACCCUCCAUAUUCAAAGGUCUAACAACUGAAGAAAUACAGCAAUGCUUCUGGAAAGGAUUUGUCUGUGUGCGGGGAUUCGAGAGGGAAACCGGGUCACCAAGGCCACUAUGCCAACAUCUGCACGUCGCAGCAAGCAAAGUGCCGAGAUCACGCAACGCAGCAGCAGCUGCCGCUGGGCAGAACACGGAUUCAUCAAAGGCCUCAGCCUCAUAAGCAUCAUCACACUGCGCAUGGGUCCUAUUAGUUCCUGCCGGACUACAUCCAUUCUUGUAGGAAAUAAACCAUUGGGCGAGAGAAUUAUCAUCCUGGUCUGAGUGUAGACUGUUGCUGCAACUUUUUUUAAAAUCCCUGUGAGCACUAUUGUACCUUGAUUUACUUUCCAAUCAGUGUAUCCGCUUGCGAAGGGGCGUUGGUUAUGUACCAGCCUCUUGCUGCGCCUGUAUAUAUAUACCAUGGUUCCUGUGAAAAACUUGUCUUGCCAGACGACCUUACUUAUAUACCAUGGUUCAUGUAAUACCAUUAUUCCGUAA